AUGGUUAAUAAAGCCAAGGAAUGGUAUCCAAAGAUUGGAGGAACCUACAGGCUGAUGGAUGACGUACCGAGAGGUCUUGCUAUAGCCAUGAGGCCCGUUUUGAAGAAGCGAAAAUUCAAGGAGGUCAUCGAUUUGUGUUCCGAGGACGAGAGCGUUGAGACCGGAAAGCGCUCGGCAUGUUCGACCGUAAAGUCGGGGGUGCGCCCAACUGUUCCAAUCGACGACGGUGACUUGAUCGAGAUGUCUUACAAAAAGGAUAGAAUAAAUCACAGACCGCUUGUCUAUAUCGAUACAGAAGGGGGGGAUGACAGUAUCGUGUCAGAAGACUGCUACUAUCCGUUGAUGGAAUGGAAUAAGGGGGCGGCACGGACCUGCGCCGGCGGCGAUGAAACCAUCAAACGACCCAGCUUUUAUCUCCUUCAUAUCCAACAACGCGACAAAUGGAGCUGUGGCUUUCGCAAUUUACAAAUGUUGCUAGUUACUUUGGUUCCCUCUCUACCACCCGAGCAUAUUUAUUUUGAUAAUGGCAGCUUGAAUGGACAAGCUUUUCGGGUGCCUUCUUUGCAACAGCUCCAAGCUUCUUUGGAACGGUCGUGGCGUGCCGGAUAUGAUCCCGAUGGUGCACAGCACUACCAGAAUCGUAUUUUGGGUAAAAACUCGAAAAUUGGAGCAGUCGAAGUUUCGACAACCUUAGUCUCGGGGCAAGUUGGGGCCUUUUUGCUCUACGUACUUUGGAAAGGAAGCGGACUGCUGUCCCUUUUGCCGGACCGUCGCGAUCCCAUCGUGUUUAACUAUUGCCAAGCAGGUUGUCAAUAG